GUGUGUGUGUGCGUCGCAUUUGUCGUCGUCGCUGUCGUCGUUUCGGUUUUUUUCUGCUUUCUGCCGCCUCGCAGCCUCGUCUCGGCCUGCACGACAAUCAGUGUCACCCACGACACCCGAACGAGUGGAUCUUUACUUUACUUAACUGCUUGUCCUGUGCUGUGUGCUGUGUGCUCGUUGUUGCUGUCACCAACACACUGUUACCGCGUUUCUGCCUCUCGUUUUCGUGUGCGUGCGCGUGUGUGCAUGAGACUUCUUGUUGCCGUUGCCGUCGCUGUUUUCUCUACUCACACACCAACUACGAAACAGUGCUUGACGACAAAACUUUUUCAAUAAAAAUUCUACAACAAAAUGCAAUAACAACAGGAACAAAGACUCAUGGAAAAUAUACGCUGUUUUCCCCCCAACUAUUUUUUUUAAAUGCAACAAAACUGUGACCAAAAAUAAAACAAAAACAACGAAAGACCGCGAGAAACCUUUCAAACGGCCAAACGAAAAUAAAACACCGCAUAGAGGAAAAGUGCUGCGCAAAAUAUUGCGGAGUUGUAUAACGGGAACCUGCCUGAGAUCCCCAGGAAAAACAAAAACAAAAACAAAAACGAAAAACAACAACAAAACAAUAAGGAACCAAAUCGAACACAGCAAUGGAGCACAUAAUGAAUCCGUUCAUGUCACCCGCUUAUCUGCUCGGCCAUGGCCCACAUUCACAUUCACACUCACACUCACAUCCCCUUGGACAUGCCCAUGGCCAUGCCCAUGGACAUCCGGGAAUGGCCAGCUCGACAAAUUCGCCAGCCAGCUCCCCAGGCGGAUCCUCGGGCUCGGGUGCGGGACACAACAGCAGCAGCUCCUCAAAGCCCAAGCGGUGGGGCUCGCCGCCCAUCAACCUGGCCGGACAGUUCAUCAAUCCGGCCACAGGCAAGAAGCGCGUGCAAUGCUCCAUCUGCUUCAAGACCUUCUGCGACAAGGGCGCCCUCAAGAUUCACUUCUCGGCUGUGCAUCUGCGGGAGAUGCACAAGUGCACCGUCGACGGCUGCAACAUGGUGUUCAGCUCGCGCAGGUCCCGCAAUCGGCACAGUGCGAACCCCAAUCCGAAGCUGCACUCGCCCCACAUCCGCCGCAAGAUCUCGCCCCAUGACGGACGCACCGCCCAGCAGUUCCCCGUGUUUACCGGAGCAGCUGCCGUGGCUGUGGCCGCCGCCGGACGCUUGCCGGCCGCCUUUCCCGGACUACUGCCACCACCACCGCCGCACCACCAUCCGUCGCAUCAUCAUCCUGCGGGCGUGGGCUAUGCACCGGCGAUGAUGUUCGGCGGUGGCCAUGGCUCCGGACUGCACAGCCUGGGACUGCUGUCCGCGGGACAGGAGCGAGAGGAGCGCCUCUACAAAGAUGAUGUCGAUGCAGAGGAGGAGGGAGAUGCUGAUGCUGAUGCUGAUGCUGAUGUCGAUGCCGAGGGAGAUGGCGAUGGCGAUGGCGAUGACGACGGUGUCUUCGUGUACGUGGACAUGCAUGCAAACAGCUCCAGUCCGGCUGCCUCCAGCCAGGAGUGCCCCAGCGAAACUGAUGCGGAUGCGGACGAGGAGAUGCACUGCAGCCUGAGCCUCACCAGCCACAGCAGCAGCAGCGGCGCCUGUGCCGAUGAGCAGCGUUCAGCCAGCGACCAGCCGCUGGACUUUAGCCUGCACAAGCGACGCGAAGCAGAGCCAGAGCCAGAGCCAGAGCCGGAGCAGGAGCAGGAGCGGGAACCAGAGCGGGAAAGGGAACAGAUCAAGCGCUCGUCCAGCCCCUGCGGCGGAGCCUUCUCCAUGGAGCGUCUGCUGGGCAAGCGCAAGCGAAGUGACAGCAGUGCCUCCACCUCCACGGUCGGCCACCCAGAGACGAGCAUCAAAAUGGAAAUGGAGCUGGAGCUGGAGAUGGACAGCGACAGUUCCGAGCCACUGGCGGCAGCAUCCGCCUGCAUUGAUCUAUCGGCGCCACCGACCAGGAAGCACUCGCCCCAGCCCCAGCCCCAGCCACAGUCCCAGCCACUGUCCCUGUCCCUGCCGCUGAGUCUGCCCAUGCCGCUGGCCAUGGAUCUGGAGGAGCAGCAUCACUUCCGACUGCUGCAGACGCAAAUGUUUGCGGCCGCUGCGGCAGCAGCUGCCACCGCCACCGCCUCCAGCCAACAGCAGCCGCCCAACGCCUUCCUGCCGCAGGGCGCCCUGGAGUCGCCCAAUGCGCCGCCCAUGUGGAGCCUGCUGUCCGAGGUGUACCGCUCGAUGCUGCUCAAGACGCAGCAGCAGCAGCAGCAGCAACAGCAGCAGAGCCACCAUCACCACCAAGGCGGAAGCCACCUUCACCACCACCACCACCAUCACCACAGCAGUGGACACCACCAGCAGCAGGCGCCGCAGCAGUCGCCGGCGCCGUACGGCGACCUGCCACCGACGAAUGCCGCCAUCUCCGUCUAAGCUUUGGGCAGUCAAGGACGAAGGAUCCUUAGUCAAAUGUUUAUUAUUUUUUAUUAUGAAUAAUAUAUAUAUAUAUUUUUUUUUUUAAUUUUUAUGGUGGGCCUUGUGGUGCGCUCGAAGGAAGGGCGUUGGGCGGCGUGCGUGGCGGACAGAGUCCUGCUCAUCGCGCGCCCCCCCCACCGCCCUGCCGACGGUGCGGCACGGCAGCAGUCCCCGAAUCUGGCUCGAUGGGUAUUACAAACUGGAAUUGCUCCAAAACUUAGCUUUUUUUCUGCUCGUACUUGUGUUAUAUUGUGUCCCCUAAAUAUAUGUACAUCUCUCUUUUUUUUGUGUGUAGGUUUAAUGGUAGCUUUAAGGCGACAAAUAAGUGUACUAUAAAGUAUUCAAUCCGUUCCUCAGUGCAGCCAGCAGCAGCAGCAGCAGCAGCACAAAGCUAAAGCGAAUGAGUGUGCGAAUGAGUGUGUGAAUGAAUAAAUGAAUGCCAACUGAAUCGAAGGUGGAAUCAGCGACUUUCCCACCCACCCUCUCUCUUUCUCCAGCUCUCUCUCUCUCUCAAUCACAUCUCGAGCGGUGUACAACGAAGUAUUGAUAUUUAUAAACGAAAUAUUAUAACUAUAAAAACAAAAGAACAAAAGAACAAAAAAUAUAUUAAAUAGUUCUAAGGCAAAACAAUUUUUUUCAUAGUCAAUAAUGUAUUUUAUAAACUGAAUGUACUACUAAAAAGCUCCAUGGAAACAUAUCCUAUUGUGUUAAAUAAUCCCCCUCUCCCCUCUAACCA